AUGAAUAUUGAAAAAUAAUUAAGAGAAGAUUACACUCAUGAUUUUCAUACGUUUCUUAGAAAAAAUGAAACAGAAACAAAACAAAAAGUUAAAACAACUCUCAUUCCUCCUCCAUGGUAACCCAACCAUCCUUUUAGAUUAGUUUGGGAUAUUAUCUCGAUGCUUUUUAUUGUAAUUCAAAUGAUGAUCAUACCUCUUAUUUUAUCAUUUGAGAUUGUUGAUGAUAGAACUUCUUUAUUCAUGGAAAUUAUGGAUAAUUUCUUCUUAGUGGAUAUUCUUAUUCAAUUUAAUUGUGCUAUAUAUAUAGAUGGUAAAAUAAUAUUAAAGAGAUCAACCAUUAUCUGCAAUUAUCUAAAAUUCUGGUUUUGGUUGGAUUUAAUUAGCUCAUUACCAUAUGAUUAUUUUGUUGAAGUAAAUAUCAGCAUUAUGGUAGGGAGGCAAUGUGUAAAUGAUUAGAAUGUUGAGAUUCUUCAAGUUUCUUAAAGUAAUAAAAAUGAUUAAAGCUUUUAAAUUGAAGCUCUUAAUCAGAAGAUUAGAGACAUUUUUAGGAAAUGACUUCUCAUCAUUUAUGGAAUUUAUCAAAUUAACUUUUAUAAUAGUAGUUUUGGCUCAUUGGAGUGCCUGUAUAUUUAAUUUAACAAAUCAAGAUGGUUAUGAUUACUUAACAUCCUUCUAUUUCACGUAUUAUAUAUAUAAGAAAUGAUAAUUUAGAAUUACAACAAUGAUCACUGUUGGUUAUGGAGAUGUCCAUCCAGAGACAGCAGAAGAAUAAAUCUAUGCUAUUUUUGCAAUGGUUUUGGCUUCAGGUGUAUUUGGAUAUACAGCAAAUAGCAUGAUUUCUAUAUUUCAAUAUCAAGAUCCUUAAUUAUCAGAAUUGAUUAUGAAACAAUAAAUCAUUAAUAAAUACACUAAAACUCAUGGUUGUUCAGGUCAUUUGAGACAUAAAAUAUAAAAUUAUUUAGAAUGGGUAGUAGAAAAUGAUUAUGAAGUAAGAUCCUCAUUAGUUAUAUGUGAUCUCUCAGAAGAAUUAAGAAAUCAAGUUAUCACUUAAAUGAAUUUAAGAUUCUUCAAAACACUUCCUGUUGCAAUGACUAAAGCAAUAAAACUAAAUGAAUAUAGUAUGCUUAUACACUAUUUUAAGUUCUUCCUCCUGAAACUAAAAUUAAUGACGAGCAUCAUAUUUAUUAUCUUAUUUAAGGUAAAGUCUCUAUUAUGGCUAAUAAUAUACAUCUUGAAUAUGCAGAUAAAUGUUUUGGAAUAAUCAAUUUCUUCUCCAAUAUUCCAAGAACAGCUGAACUCAUAACAACUGAAACUACAAAUUUGGUUAAAUUAUCUAGAUAAUAAUUUAUUUAAUAGUUGAAUUAUGAACAAUUCUAAAAAUUUCAUAUGAUAAAACAAAAACUAGAAAAUAAUGAUUCUCUAGAUUUAGAUAUUAAAUGUUAUGGUUGCAAUCGUAAAGGUCACAUAAUAAAAUAUUGUUAAUAAUUUCAUUAUAUAUCUUUAAGAUUAAGGAGACCAAAAGUUAAAUUUUUGAGAACUAGGAAUUAGAAAUAAAAAACUAUGUAUAAUUAAUUCUUAAUUGAAUAUUAUUAAAUGAUGUAAGCUAGAAGAAUUAAAUCUUAAACAAUGGUUAAAUAAAAAGAAAUACAUUUAACUAUAAAUUAAAAUUUUGAUAUUGAUGAAAUCAAAAAUUACAAUUAUUUCGACCCAGAGUGGAACAUCAAUGAAGUAUUAAAAUAAUAUCGCUUAAAAACCAUAUAUCGAUAUUGUUUAAUGAUAAUUAAAAAGAAUUUAAAGUUUUUAAUUCGUUAAAACCACUAAAGGUUUAAUAAUGUAAAUCGAUUUCGUUUAAAGACUGAACUCAAACCAAAGUAUAUUGAUAAAUAUAAAGAUUAAAUUAUGUAACAAAAGAUAAUGGAUUGA